AUGGCUGGUCCUAGGAUUGCCCAUGCUACCUUGAAAGGUCCAAGUGUGGUAAAGGAGAUAAUAAUUGGAAUAACACUCGGCAUAGCUGCUGGUAGUUUGUGGAAGAUGCACCACUGGAAUGAGCAGAGGAAAACAAGGACCUUCUACGAUUUACUGGAAAAAGGUGAGAUCGGUGUUGUUGUGGAGGAACAGAAUGGUAAAAUCGCGAUGAAUGUUCUUCAACUCAUUGGGAGAUCUGGGAAUUUAAUCUAA